GUGGGUGCUGUGCCUGUUGUUAUUGGAGAGUGAAUGAGAAGCAAAGAUGCCGGAGCCUGCUAAGUCGGUACCCGCUUCUAAAAAGGGGUCGAAGAAAGCUGUCACGAAGACGCACAAAAAGGGGGAUAAGAAGCGUAAGAAGGUUAGAAAAGAGAGCUAUUCUAUCUACGUCUACAAAGUACUGAAGCAAGUUCACCCAGAUACGGGGAUUUCUUCUAAGGCCAUGAGUAUCAUGAACUCCUUUGUGAAUGACGUCUUUGAGCGCAUUGCUGGGGAAGCGACUCGCUUAGCACACUACAACAAGCGCUCCACGAUCACUUCUCGGGAGAUCCAGACGGCUGUGCGGCUGUUGCUGCCAGGGGAGCUGGCCAAGCACGCUGUAUCCGAGGGAACAAAGGCGGUUACCAAGUACACGAGCUCGAAGUAAACCCUGCAUCCUUCUAGUUUAAAUCAAAAGGCUCUUUUAAGAGCCAC